AGCUACUCAAGGUGGCAGCGCCGCUUCCCGGUGGGCACCACUACCUGGGCUCUGGAGUCAGGCAGAGCCGCUCUUGAAAGCAGCCUGUGGGACUCAGCUGCUGAGCGCUCCUGGCAAAGUCGGGUACCGUCCCUGUGAUCAGCGGUCACACCUGGCAAUGACGUACCUCGCAGAGGGAUGCUGUGCGAGGACCUGAGAUGCGCCAGGUCUGGUGUCUGUCCUCAGCACUGUGCAAGUGUAGAAAAGGAGGAGGAACCUGUCCAGAAUCCCCACAGGACAGGAAAAGGAGGGGAAUCUCAACAUGGAAAAACUCUGUGAUGCAAAUGAAGGAAUGCCUGAGAACCAAGGAAAGAUGGAAUACAAUGAACCACCACAGGAUGCGGGAAAGCCAGGAUUAGCUUGUACUCUGGAAGACGAAGAAAAGUUGGAAAAUGAGGGGAAGACAGAAAAUGAGGAAAUACUAAAGGACAAGGAAAGUCCAAGGAGUGUGGCAAAGCGAAAAGAGGGAAAGCCAGUAAAUGAGGGAAAGCCAGAGAACCAGGGAAAACCAAAAGAAGAAGGAAAACCCACAAGUGAGGGGAAACCAGAGAGCAAGGGACAGCCGAAAGAAGGAGAACCAGGGAGCGAGGGAGAGCCAAAAGAAGAAAAAUCAGAGAGUGAGAAAAAAUCAGAGCCAAUGAAUGAGGGAAAGCCAGAGAGCCAGGAAAAGCCAAAAGAAGAAGAAAAGCCAGCCAGCAAACCAAAGGCUGCGGGAAAGCGCCCAGCUGGGGAUGGUGUACCCAGGAAGGCCAAAAGAAAAACCAACAAGGGGCUGGCUCAGUGCCUCAAGGAAUAUAAGGAGGCCAUACACGAUAUGCAUUUGAGCAAUGAGGAGAUGAUAAGAGAAUUUGACGAGAUGGCCAGGGUGGAGGAUGAGGUGAAGAAAACCAGACAGAAAUUGGGGGGGUUUAUGUGGAUGCAAAAAAGUUUACAGGACCCCUUCCACCCGAGGGGCCCAAGGGAACUCAGGGGUGGGUGCAGGGCCCCACAGAGGGGCUUUGAAGACAUUCCUUUUGUGUAGUGCCCCUGGCAGGCAUUUGCCCAGGCCCUGUGCUUUAACCUUAUGCUAGUAAUUUGCUUUAGCUGUCACUCUGGUUAUCAGUAGCCUUUUGAUCCAACUAGAACACUCUACCAGUAGGAGAUUUUUCACCCAUGUGCAUUGCAAAGUCGUUAUAAUUCUUGGAAAAUAAAGUAGCUUAUAAUAAUCAUCUA